AUCAAUACUUCGAGACUACAAAGUCCGGUUAUACCAACACACUAGACUACAAUGGAAUUAAAUUGCCCUCCGUUUCGAGACCAAAAGCAAAAUGUGAUGAAACACGCCUUCCCCCCGUCGCUGUCGGUACAAAUAAUGUUUCCAGGCCGGCACAAGCUAUAAAUGACAACGUGCAUGGUCUGCACAAGUCUUCUACAGACCUUUUGAGCAAAGAAACAGGAAAUAAAACACCAAAUGUUUCAUCAUGGCAUCAAACUGAAGAACCAAGGAGAGACUUUGAUGUCAAGGUAACAAAAUUGCCACCAAUAGAUGCAAAACUGAUAAAGUCACCACAACAAAGGAACAACCGAGAAGAAAGUGAGUUACUGGAUGAAGAUGCUCUGUACAAGUCUUUAAUGGAAGGUAUUCAUGACAAAAGUAUGCUAGAGAAAAGUCCGCAAGUUCUGGAGUAUGAGAGAAGAAACAGAAUAAAACAUGAGGGAUACAGAAGAAAUGCUCCAGAGAGAAAUGUAAAGCUGCUUAGCCAUACCAGAACAGGUGGAACCGAUGUAGCCAAAAGUUUAUCCACUCUCCGUCAAGACUUGUUAUCUGCCAGCACAGACGCUCAUAGCUUUAAUUCUAUACAAGCAUCAGAUCACGUUCCAGCACCUCCGACAGCUCCCAAACCCGACACCUCACAGCAAGGUACUUAUAGAAACAGACGAAGAGCCCUGCGCGUCUCCACUCAGCUUGACCGGGAUAUUUCAGUCCACAACCAGUCGAAAGAAUACAAUAAGCCAAGACCACCGUCAGCUGAAGUUCAAAUCGACUGGGAAGCUGAUGUAAAGGAGGCGCUCAGGGUAGAACGGGAGCUGGAAGAUCUACAUAAAGCACUAGUAAAGCAGAAGAACACCGACAUGCCAUACUUUAUGGAGAUGAUGCAUCCAUCAACGCCUGCGAAAGCCAAUUCAAAUAUGCCAGGUCACGCUACCCCUUGUGUGAUACCAACUGCUGCAGUGCCAUACAAUACAUCCGAGCCCGUCAAGUCCUGGAAUAAUGAUACAGCAAAAAGAGGGCUCGGAUUUAAGUCAAGAGUGAAGGAGGAGCAAGAGAAAAGAGAGUUAGAGAAAAGAAAGUCAAACGUGGGCAGGCUGAUGCCUGAAAAGAUUCGAAAAGAGAUGAAGAAGUAUUUUAAUUAAUUCCGUGUCAUUUGUCACGCACUUCAGUCACUAUAACUUAACUGAUCAAAAAAUAAUAAUUGAUAUAUCUCAACUAUAUUUCCACAGAACACAGAAGAAACAAUAAUUUGCAAAAUAUAACUAUGAUUGAAAUAAGAAAUGUGAAACAUAUUUUAAACGAUUUAUAGCAUCGGUGCUAAUAGUGACUGCUACAUACUUCAAAACAGUGAUUGCUGUUUAGUUCCCUCCAUGUUUUUUAUGUCUUUGUUUUACGUUUCUGUUUUUUUUUGUUAUUCCUGUUGUUUUUGAUGUUGUUGAUAUUAUUGUUGAUGUUGAAAUGUUUGGAUACUGCUAAUAUCCUACGUUAAAAUUAUUAAUAUAAACUAUUUAACAGAGGAACACAGACGAAAGUAAUCACUAUCAUAAUGAUGAACAGUAGACAUGAAACUAUUUGUAAAAAUAAUUCUUGUCCAGAGAAAAUAGUAAAUAUGUUUAUCAAAAGAGACAUUCUUAUAUAGAAAACUGAAAAUGUUCUAACAAAUAGCAUUAUAUUAAUGCAAUAUGUCCAUAUUCAUGCCGUAAAGAUGUUUCGUAAAUUUAAGGACACACUAGAUGUUAGUAAUGAAAAAACUUCAAGAAAAGAUAUGCCAUCGCUCAAAAUAUGAAGAGCGAUCAAAUCAAUGCAUGAUAUCACGGUAACGGAUAUAAUAAAUUAAAGAUGAAGAAGAAAGGAGGCCGUAUAAAAAGGGCGGACAUAUGACUAUGUCGGAAUAAAAACAGUCGAUGUGCAUCAAGCUGUCAUACAAGACGCGCAAACCAUUCAUACCAUUCUGAUUGGACGUACAUUCUGCAGACUUAGAAGAUUAGACAUAGAAUGCAGAUUAAAUUAAAUUGUAUGAAAGACCAAGUUGAUAAAUUAUAAUGCCAUAGAAAAGAUGAAAUAUAGAUAUAAUUGUGUGAUAAAAGAAUGAAAAUAGUAAAAUUAUUAACUGAAUUAACUAUGUUUUGUCAUUGUACGAAAGCUAUGAAUAUUUACCUUGUAUUUAGUUGUAUAUAAUACAUGAGCCUUUAAAACUCAUGUCUUACUUCUUACAGCCAUGAACAUAAGAGAAACAGGUAAAUUAUAUAACACAAACUACACCUAUGUGAACGAAACAUAUUUUUGAAAUCCCGACAAGCCAAGCCGUUCACUAACAAAUGACAAUUACUGCAAACAGACAUUUAGAACUUUUAAGCGCUAUAGUGAUGAAAAUAACAGACAUAAAGUCAGAACAGACUAUACACAGACUGCAACGCCGCUAAAUGUCGCACUUGCCGACCAAUGUCGCACAAUUACGCUAAAUGUCGCAACAAUGUCACAACGCCGCUAAAUAUCGCACCAUUACCGCUUAAUGUCGCAACUGCCUUUAAAUGUUACAACGCCGCAAAAUGUCGCACCAU